AUGGAGACGGACGAAGUGAACUCUGGUGACCUUUUUGGAGAUGCCGAUCAACGACGAUUGUCGCAAGGCCGUGUUCCCGUUCCUGUCCAAGCCGCGCAUCCAAGCGGCCUGCUGCAAGGAGUUUUCUCAACCCAGGAGCAGUAUAGUGGACGCCGGGAAGGAACUGCAUUCGCGCCGCCGCCAUCGCUGCCAGGUCCAGCGCCAUCGUUUUUCACUCCAGCGCCAUUGCAAGCGCCCGCGCCAUCGCAGGCGCCCGCGCCAUCGCAGGCGCAACGUCUGGAGCAGCAUGAUGACCCGAUGCUGAAAACGUUAAAUUUGCUUCAACAGCAAAUGGCCCAGCAACAGAAGAUUCUGAAUGAGUUUUUGCAGCAACGCCUUAUAAAGUUCCGGUUCGAUACGGACACGGGAAUCACGUUCAAAAACUGGUACUCACGCUACGUAGACUUGUUCCAGAAAGAUGCUGCUAGGAUCGACGAUGCUGCGAAAGUCCGGUUAUUGCUGCGGAAACUGGGAGCUGCCGAGCAUGACCGUUAUUUGAGUUUCAUCCUGCCAAGCCGCCCGUCCGAUUUUUCGCUCGAGCAAACGGUGGAAAAGCUGUCAACCCUCUACGACUACCAGGAAUCGCUGCUGAGUAAGCGAUUCAGAUGCCUGCAGUUAGUGAAGAAGCGGAACGAAGACCAUCUAAGUUAUGCCUGUCGAAUCAACAAGGCGGCCGUUGAAUUCGAGCUCGGCAAGCUCAACGAGGAGGACUUCAAGUGCUUGCUAUUCGUCUGUGGUAUGAAGGACGAGACUGAUGCAGACAUACGAACACGCUUGCUGGCAAAAAUAGAGGACCAUAGCAUGACGUUGCAACAGCUAGCCGCCGAAUGCAGUAGAUUGGGAAAUUUAAAAAAAGAUAGUGCGAUGAUCGAGACACCGGGAAAUGAUCGAGUUUUGGCAGUGAACCUGAAAACGCCCUACCCUCAGAAAAAGUUCCCAAAUGUCUCAAAAGCGAAUCCCAGCAAACCAUGUUGGCUCUGCGGAGGUACACACUGGGUGCAUGACUGCAGAUAUCAAGCACACCAGUGUACGAUCUGUUCCAGAACGGGACACAAAGAGGGUUUCUGCAAAACAGCAAAUCGCCAGAAGUAUAAUAAGCCGAAAUAUAAAAAGCAAGGCAAAACGCAGACCAGAGUAGUUACGGUGAACGUGCAUAGUGUUCAGAAACGCCGCAGAUAUGUCACUAUUGCAAUGAAUGGCACGCCCGUCCGUCUGCAGCUUGAUACGGCAUCUGACAUCACAGUCAUUGAUCGUGAAGCUUGGAAAAAGAUUGGCAGUCCGACAUUAUCACCACCAGCAGUGGUUGCACGAUCAGCUUCUGGCACUAAUUUGGCACUAGACGGGGAAUUUGUAUGCAAAGCCAGUAUAAUUUCUGCUGCCAAGUACGAGGUACUAAAUUCACGUCGCAAAGAACGUGGCAAGAACGUUUUCCUAAAGUAUUCCAAGGAACCGGACUUUGUAAGAAAGGAAACGUCUCUUUUGCUAUAA